AUGGCAACCACCACAGUUGCGACGCAGCAACACGCUGAACUCUCGCGAGAGGACCGGACCCAGCUCCUUUUAGCUCAAUUGAUGGAGGGUGGGCGCGAGGAUGACGAGACUUGCCGCGACCUCGACAUGGUCACCGCCCUUCUCAACGAAGACUACGAGCUCACCAAAGCCGACAAGAAUGUCCCAUCUAUUUGUAAUGUCAUAGAUGCCGACUGCCUCGACACGAUACUUGGCCAUAUGGACCUCCGCCAGCCCGAGGAGGUGCGAGCCCACGCCACGCUCACCUCUGCCGCCUAUCUCAAAGCCGCUGGCGAAGAAGGCGCCAAGGCGCUUUCGACAUUUUUCUUCGAUCGAGUUCGCCGAGGCACGUAUGACGAUUUUAUCGUCGCCUUCUGUGUCGCUUCCCACAUGUUCCCCAUUGCUCCCGAGCUCAUCUCGGAGCUGUUCUUGAGCCCGGGCUUCCUCCCGAGCCUAGCUCCGCUCAUGAACCGUAAAUGGAAGAGCCGCAAGGUCGAGACGGCUUGUCUCGAGAUGCUCAACGCCGCUUGCAUGCACCCCCAGUGCCGCGAGGCCGUCGAAAAGUAUUGCAUAGACUGGCUGGAGGAGGUUGUCGACCAGGACCCUAAUGAGGUUACGAGAGCGCUGGAUUCCGAUACCCAAAUCAGCCUGGAGGAUGGCUCUGUCAACGUGAACAGGCAUUCAAUCAAGGUGCAGAUCAUGGCCGGGGUUGUCCUUGCAAAAAUCAGAACGCAACUGAACAAUGAGAAUGAAAGGGUCCAGGUUGCUUCUACCACGAUCGAGGAGCUGGCGGAAAAGUUUAUCGCUUUCCAGCUUACCAAGGACGAUGGUCACGAAGAUCUCAAGAAGGCAAAGCACCACUCCAUCGAGGGGCUCGCGUACGCAACCCUACGAUCCACAGUCAAGGAGCGGGUUGCCCACAAUGCGGACCUGCUCAAAAAUCUUGUGAAAUCUCUCAACGAGGCCCCUGCCAAGUCACCGACUACCUAUGGUGCUCUUAGCAUUUUCGUCAACUUAACGAGAUACAGACCUUCUCUCACGGAAGAGGAGGAGAAGAUUCGCCAGCUCAAGGCAUAUGCCAACGCUGCCGGAAAGCUUUCGCAGUCGCAGGAUGAUAGCCUGGAUGACAAUACCCAUGUUUCCGAGCGAUGUAGGCUUGUAUUUGAAGCAGGCAUUACCCCAGUUUUAGUCACACACAGCAAAAAUGGUUCUACCGCAUCACUUUCCCUGAUUGUUUCCAUUAUUAAUUCCAUUUCCUUCACCUCGGGCCUCAGGGGUAAGCUCGCCCAGCAAGGUGCCGUCAAACUCCUCCUGACGGCGUGGGCGAACCUGCAAGAGGGAGAUCCCCAGGCCCGCCAGAUGGCUGCGCAGGCUCUCGCGCGCAUCUUGAUCAGUAUUAACCCUGCCCUCGUGUUUGGCGGAAACAGAGCAACGCCAGUGACUUCGGCCAUACGACCGCUAGUGUCCAUCUUGGCCCCUGAUCAGUCAUCGGACAAGCGGGAUUUACUUCCAUCAUUCGAAUCCCUCAUGGCCCUAACUAAUCUAGCAUCCAUGGACAGCGCGGAAGUGACCAAGGCUGCUGUUGAGUUGAUCUGCAACCUUGUCCAGGAUAUUGAAGGCAUGGCACUCUACGCCGACGGGACACCGCAAGCAAAGCAGCGGGUGCAUAUUCUCUUGGCUUUGGCCGAUUCCGAGGACGUGGAGGUCCUAUUCAAGUUGUGCAAGGAAGAGAGCGACGACUUGCGACACCGGGCCGCCUUUGUAUUGCGAAAUAUUGUCACGGCGGAAGGGCAAGUAGGCGAACUGGGCAGGAAGCAAAUUGCGGACCAAGGUGGUGUCGAGGUGCUCACUGAGGCUGCCAAGAAGACGCGCCGUCCAGAAGUCUUGGAAGUGGUUUUGGAAGUGCUCAAAAUUCUUGUUGAGGGGAGGUAA